AUGAGCCUCAUCGGCUAUGUCGGGGCGGCGCUAACGUCAAUCCUGGUGUCGAUACCAACGCUGCACCUGCUGGCAUCCGUGACGCAUGCGCCGGUGCUGUCCUUUGCUGCCCGCAGCAUCGCUUCCUUCAGCGCCCUCUUCUUUUGCGCCUGCUAUGGUGUCGCCGCUUCUAUCGUCCUACGUCUGGUCGGCUAUGGUGGGCUGAGCCAGUGGACCACUGCCCGUGCCUUCAAAUGGACCAUGUGGACACUCACUGGUGUCGAGUUCAAGGUCAACGACAAAUAUGGCAGUCUCAAGACUCGUCCUUGCGUCAUGAUCGGUAACCACCAGAGUGAACUCGACGUCCUGAUGCUCGGCUGUGUCUUCCCACCCUACACCUCCGUAACCGCAAAGAGCAGUCUAAAGUGGGUCCCCUUCCUCGGUCAAUUCAUGACCCUCUCCAAGACCGUCUUUAUCAAUCGCACCUCCCGCUCCGCCGCCCUGGCCGCCUUCUCCCAUGCUGCAGAAACUAUGCACUCAGAGCAACAGUCCGUCUUUAUUUUCCCCGAGGGCACUCGCUCCUACGCAAACACACCCACCCUCUUACCCUUCAAGAAGGGCGCAUUUCAUCUCGCUGUCCAAGCUCAGGUCCCCAUUGUCCCUGUAGUGGUUGCAAAUUAUAGCAAUGUGUUGGAUGUGAAGAAAAAGACUUUCAACUCAGGCACGGUUCCUGUCUCGAUCUUGAAGCCGGUCGAGACCAAGGGGUUGAGCAAGGAUGACGUUGAUGCGUUGGUUGAGAGAGUUCAGAAGGAUAUGGCCGAGGAGCUGGUCAGGAUCUCAAAAGUGGCCGAGAAGCAGGGCGUUGCAAAGGCUUGA